AUGGACCCUGUUCUGAUCGUGGGCGCUGGUAUCGUCGGCUUAACCUUGGGCCAGGCGUUGAAGCAAAAGAACAUCCCCUUCGAGAUCUACGAGCGCGAUGCGACCCUCGAUGCCCGGGGCCAGGGCUGGGCCAUUACGCUGCACUGGGCCCUGGAAUACAUGCUAAAAAUGCUACCUGACGACACACUGGCGCGCAUUCGGGACGUCCAGGUAGAUCCGGAUGUCGCGCGCAGCGACAGUGGGAAUUUCCUUUUCAUCAAUCUCCAGACCGGCGAGCCGAAGUUCAAAAUCCCUCCCAACGUCCGGUGGCGCGUCAACCGAGAGAAAAUGCGCCGCGCGUUAUUCCAUGGGAUCGAGGAUCGCGUCCAUUGGGGGCGCCGUGUGGUGGGCCUGGAACUGGCACAGAAGGACCAAGUACACCUGGUGCUUGCAGAUCAAACUACGGUGACGGGCCGGAUGGUUGUCGGUGUCGAAGGCAGCCGUUCACUGGUUCGGCAGGUGCUGCGACCAGACGCGUUCAGCAAUACACCUCUCGAAAUCAACUUCACCGGCGUCGCGGUGGAUCUGACCCCUGACGAGAUCCAACCGUUGCGGGCCAUGGAUCCACUUCUCUUUCAAGGCUGCCAUCCUCCCACGGGGGCCUUCUUCUGGUUCUCUAUGCUGGAAACACCGCAGGUUAAUGGCACGGCGGGAUCCGAUGUCGAACGAUAUCGAGCUCAGAUCUGCAUGUCCUGGCCAGUGCGAGGACCAGAGGAUGAGGUUGCUGCCACAGAUGAAGGUCGUCUGGCCAACAUGAAGCGCCGUGCACAGGGAUUUGUGCCUUUCCUGCAGCAAGCAGUGGACCGUAUCCCAGCUGGGACCCGCGUCACCGAGAUCAAAUUGGCCGACUGGGAAUGUCUGCCGUGGGAUAAUCAUACCGGCCGCGUAACACUGGCGGGGGACGCAGCGCAUGCGAUGACAAUGUACCGCGGAGAAGCAGCAAAUCAUGGCCUUCUCGAUGCAUACCGACUCAUGGAAGCCAUUGACAAAAUCUACGCCGGCUCAUCCUCGGCAGCCGCGGCAAUCGACCAAUACGAAGCAGAGAUGAGAGACCGGACGAGCCGGGCAGUGCGAUUAAGUCGCCAGGCUUGUCGAGAUGCCCAUGACUGGGAGAGAUUAGAUGAAACGUCGGCUAUUUUAACGAAGAGGGCUGUCGUAGGAUCUGGUACAAAUCAAUAA